AUGGGCGACUCUGAUAGCAAGAAUGACUCUUCCGGCGGGUCCACACCGGCAACGACACAAGCGACACGCUCCCGGGCAGGGUGCUUAACUUGCCGCGCUCGGAAGCUGCGCUGUGACCGGAACGGACCCGAUGCCACAGGCUCCUCAUGCGGCAGAUGUGCCCGCCUCGGCGUGAAGUGCGUCUCGUCCAACAACGCCAGUCUGUCCCAAAAGGAGCGGAGGCAGCUCCAAGGAGAUGCCGCCCGGCGCCACGACCUGAACCAGGCCGGAUUUACGCGCCUCAGGACGGCUGCCAGCUGCCGUUACUGCCGGUCUCGGCGCCAGAAGUGCAGUGGAGACCGGCCGGCCUGCGCUCGGUGCCAGCAAAGCAAGCAGGAAUGCAUCUAUGAUCGCGGCAAGACCGAGGUCAAGACGAGCGAGUCGAUGUCACCCACAAACAUUGCCGUGACAGCGUCGGCCACGUCGGCUGUGAUGACUCUCCAGGCUGAAGGGAGCCCCCUAUCUACUUUGAGGAACUUUCAUGAUAAGGCCCUCAUCCGCAGCUUGGUGGAGGUGUUCUUCCACGAGAUAUCUCCGCUGCGCUGCUUUGGUUUUAUUCAUGAGCCAUCAUUCAUGCUCCGCAUGGACUACCUCCUCAGCAACGAUGACAAAGAUCCUCUCCUGAUGACCGUGUGUGCCCUUGCCAGCAGGGCCACCAACCAGCCACCCGAGAUCCGAGCACAAGGCGCGGCCUGGGCGCAGUGUGCACUGGUGAUGACGCGAAGCCAGGCACACAGGAUCAGUGUCAACAAUCUCAUGUGCCUGGUCUUGCUUCACGAAUACUUCGCGCGUGUUGAUGAGGUCAGCCAAUGCUUCAUCUUGGGCAGCCUAGCUUGCCGCCUUGCCCAGGCCCUACAACUCAAUGUUGAGUAUGACGAGGACUAUGAAUGUCGAUCAUCGGCCCUGUCGGCGACUGAAAAGGAAACGAGAAGACGUUUGAUGUGGGCUUGCUACAUUCUGGACUUUGCUUGUUCAGGAGGCCUCGAUCCUAUCAAAAUGUUCGAGGAGGAGGAUGUGUCGAUCCAGAUGCCCGCGGAUGAACAGGGCUUCUUCUACAGGACUGCAGGGAUGACUUCAUUCUUGAAGCCAAUCGGCCAGCUGGCACACCAGGACCACUUGGGCCUCGGUGUAAUCACUAGCAACGGGCCGCUCCUUGGAGGGUAUCGUGCUUACUACAUACACCUACUUGUCAUUCGUGAACGAACGAUCAGGUACCUCAAGAGGCGAGUCCAGGAGGAAGACCCUAGCGGUCCCAUGUCGCAGUACAAUCUACUUCUUUCUGAUCUUGAGCAGUGGCGAGCUUCGCUGCCCCAGAACCUUCGCUUGACCCCAGAGAUCAUCUACAUCCGCAAGUCACAAGGAGAGUUAUCCGCCCUGUUUGAUAUACAUACAGGCUACCACCAAUGUGGCUGUGAUCUCUACCGGGCCAUGAUUCCCGAACUUCAGCUGCCCCCCAAACGGCACAACAACAUGACAAUGACUGCAACCCCUGAGUUUCUGGCCGAGGGCAAGCGGAGGUGGUUUCGUCACGCGUGUGAGAUGACCAAAGUCUUUCGCCUUGCCAUAGAGCACGCUCCCAAAUCAAUGACGGAGCCAGGCUCCUCGAUUCACGCCUACACAGCCAUCCGCACCAAGCUCUACUAUCAGCUCUACAUCAUGACGAACAAAGAGCGCCAGACGCAGUCAGCUGCAGUAGAAGAGAGCAUCCAGACAGACUUGGAGUAUCUACGACUCAUGACCGAGCUGCAUCCGUCUGCGGGUAUGACACUUGCCUGCUCCGAGGAGCUCGUCCGCACACUCGACCCCCGCAGCGGCGGUACCAACCCUGCUGAAGAAGGGCCGUCGACAGUCGACACGCCGGUCAACACGGCAAGCCCCCAUCACAGUGCUGGUACGCGCAGUGACGCCGGCGGGAGCGCCGUGGUCGUCGACCUGGCACCCACCUCGAACCCCUCCCCGGCCGUGAACCUCAACGGCUCGCAACCGUACAGCGACACGUCGGGACGCCCACACACGGCCCCACAGGUGUCGGUCGACGUGAUCCUACACCCGCUCGCGCCGUUCCGGGUCCUGCGAGCGAAGCUGUCCGAGAAGCACACGCCGGAGAAGAUGCGCGGCAGCACGCUGUCGCUCAACGGGGACGAGGCAGUGUCUCCCGGGCUAAACAUCGCGGCGCCGUUCUUGACCGCGCCGGCGGAGCUGCCGCAGCAACAGUUCUCGAAUGCUUUCUGGGGCUUGGACGAGAAUUCGUUUGCGUGGAUCAAUGCUGAUGUGCAGGACACUGACUUUAUGAUGUCGAAUGGCUGGUAUGCAUGA